UCUCUGCUCAGAAGCCACCCCUCCACACCUGACACUAUGACCCAUUCCUGCUGCUCCCCUUGCUGUCAACCUACCUGCUGCCGGCCCACCUGCUGCAGGACCACCUGCUGCCGGCCCACCUGCUGUGAGCCCAGCUGCUGUCAGUCCUGCUGCCCCCCAACUUGCUCUCAAACCACCUGUUGCAGGACCAUCUGCUGCAAACCUACUUGUGUGACCACCUGCUGUCAGCCCACCUGCUGUGAGCCCAGCUGCUGCCGGCCUUGCUGCCCCCCAACUUGCUAUCAGACUAGUGAAAACACCUGCUGUAGGACCACCUGCUGCAAACCCACCUGUGUGACCACCUGCUGUCAGCCCACCUGCGGUGGGUCCAGCUGCUGCCAGCCUUGCUGCCUCCCUGCCUGCUGUCAGACCACCUGCUGCAGGACCACCUGCCUCAAGCCUACUUGUGUGACCACCUGCUGCCAGCCCACCUGCUGUGGGUCCAGCAGCUGUGGACAAACCUGCAGUGGGUCCAGGUGCUGUCAGUCUUGCUACCAGCCAGCUUCCUGUGCACCUGUGUACUGCCAUAGAACCUGCUACCACCCCACAUGCUGCUGCCUGCCUGGGUGCCAAGACCAGAGCUGUGGAUCCAGCUGCUGCCAGCCUUGCAGCCACCCUGUCUGCUGUCAGACCACCUGCUGCAGGAGCACCUGCUGCCAACCUACUUGUGUGACCACCUGCUGUCAGCCCACGUGCUGUGGGUCCAGCAGUUGUGGACAAACCUGCAGCAGAUCCAGCUGCUGCCAGCCUUGCUGCCACCCCAGCUGUGUGUCCACCUGCUGCCAGCCUUCCUGCUGCUGAAAACCUCACCAAAGAACCACCAUCUCACAAAUCAACCUUGCUGUUCCCAGGACAAAUUCACUUCCAAGUGAUGCUGAAAGCCAGCAGUCUAUUACCAAUUUUUUUUGUUAUUCAUCUACCUAUAUAAAAGCUUCUGAAUCAGCCUGAUGGAAUGUAGAGGACUUCACCCUGAUUCUCCCCUUCCUAUCUGUGUAGGUCAUGUGCCAGCUUCCUGCAUCAUUAUAAUGGAGCAACUUGGCUUUGACUUUGAAAUCUAGAUCUUCACCUUCUUGAUACAUGUAUUUUAGGGAAAAAAGCCUCAAGACUUUUUCUUUAGUUUCGAAUACUUAUCUGCAUAAUAGUCUUCAUAAUCAUGUAUCUUUUCAAUAUACCAAUUAUUUUUGCAUCUUACUUUCUUCUUUUCAUAAUCACUUUGAGUUGUCUCUCUAGGUGCAGGGAAUUUUACCUGGAUUUCUAAAUAAAUCUUGUGCCACUAUUCA